UCGCGGCUGCUGGGCAGGGCUCCAGAAGAGCAGCAGCAACAAACAAGGAGGCAGGAGUUCAAAGUUAGCAACGGGUUGCACAACUUCGACGCUGGGUGACUAUUAACAAGCUGGAGUAGCAGCAGCAGCAGCAGCAGGAACGCCAGCGAGACAGCAACGCGCCAGCCAGCCAGAGCUUUCUUCUGGGACCUGUUUGAUGUUCUCCUCCUGCCUUUGGGACCUACCAUGGCUCCUUUUGGAAGGAAUCUCUUAAAGACCCGGCACAAAAAUAGGUCACCAGAAAAAGAGAUGGGUUCUACAGAGCGAGAAAUUGUGGUCUGGGUUUGUCAGGAAGAGAAAAUUGUUAGCGGAUUGACAAAGCGCACAACUUGCACUCAAGUAAUUGAAGCUCUGCUUGAGGAACAUCAAGCCACCUACGCAGAAAAGAAGUUUCUUUUUGGACAGCCCAAGGAUUACUGCAUCAUAGAAAAAUGGAGAGGUUCUGAGAGGGUCCUUCCACCGCUCACUAAAAUGCUGAGACUCUGGAAAGCCUGGGGGGAAGAGCAGCCUAAUUUGCACUUUGUCUUGGUCAAGGCAGAUGCCUUCCCCCCGUUUCCAUUGUGGAGGACAGCUGAAGCCAAGCUCGUACCAAAUCUUGAAAAACCCUGGGACCUGAGCCCGGCCAAUUACAUGAAGAUGUUGCCAGUGGACAAGCAAAAGAGGAUUGUUAGGAAAACCUUCCGGAAGCUGGCCAAACUUAAACAAGAAGGAGUCCUGCAAGAGAGGGACAACAUAGAGACUCUCAUCCACUUGAUCCUUUCUCAGGACCACACCAUUCACCAGCAAAUCAACAGAAUGAAGGAACUGGAUCUAGAAAUCGAACAGUGUGAAGCCAAAUUUCACCUAGAUCAGCUUGAAGGUGAUGGAGGAAAUUAUGUGCAGGAGUCUUAUUUAAUGGCGACAUCCAGUGAUGCUGAAGAAGAAACAGACAUGCCUCGCAGCAACCAGCAGAUGCCAGAAAGCUCGGGCAAAGGAGAGGGGUUGUUACAAGUGGAAGAAGGACUAAAGCACCACAAAGAGCUUAUUGAAAAGCUCUCUGCGGAAAUUGAACGAGAGGUUAAUGACAUUGGAAGAAAUGGAGACAUGAGGACAGAGGAACCGCCUAAGGAGGAAAUGGAGAGUUCCGAUGUAGGAAGUGUCAAGAAUGAACUGGAGAAAAGCAUGAAAGAUGCCUUAAGGAUCCAUUCUCAACUAAACUGCAUCCAGCAGGAGUUAAAAUAUAGGGACCUGAUGCUUCAAAAGAAGGAAAAGGAGUAUGAACUGAUUGUGGAAGAGCUUAAUGCUUUGCAUGCUAAGGCCAAAAGUGAAAUCAGGCACCCACCCAAUGAGGAGCAAGCAAAGGACAGUGAAAUUUCCACCAAGAGUUUUACAGGGACUGAUCUCCUUCACAAAGUGACUAGUCUAGACAUAAAUGAUACAGACUCUGAUACUGGAAUCAGUUCCACUCACAGUCAGGACUCGGAAACAGCAAUAGGGGAGACGUUGCUGUUGUCUACAUAGCUAAAAACUGUCCUUGCUUUCCUGAGAACAAAUUAGUAAUAUAUAAUGCCCUGGAGAAACAUUAGGAUGAGGUAGAUAAGUGGUAUCUUCUUAUGGGGCCAAGUUCUGGUGGCAUAAGAGCUUCCAAGUUAGAGAACUCCUUGUCAUAAAAAUAAAAAUUAUAGCUGAUUUUCAUAUGUUCUAAACUCACUGAUAGAAAUAAUUUAGUUUAGCAAAGUUCCUGUAGGACAGUUCAGAGGCAUUUAAUAAUAAUAAAAACCAAAUAGACUUUGGUGGCGAUGAACUGAAAUCUUAAUCUAAAUCAGGAGAAGCAGCUACCCUAUGGGUUAUACAGUAUACAUUUGUACAUCAUCUGUUUGUACACCAGUUUUCCGUGAAGUAUUGUUUCUCAGUAUUUUACAUAGAACCCACUGCCAAUGCAUUAUAACAUCUCUGGUGAUGAUAACCUUGCUCACUUGACCAUAUAAAAGACCAGUGUGGACAUCACAUUAUACAUGUUAUAACCUUUGAAAGAUCUUCCCUGCCCUGUGUGCAGAGCAAAGCUGACAAACGUAGGGUUAGGCCUAGCCAUAGAAGGGGGAAGGGGAAUUAUUUGAUGAACCAUAAACUCCAUAUACAAUAUACCUGGGACUUUGUUAUGCACAAAACAAUAUUUAGGAGUUUCCACAACUUUGAGUUGCAGUAGUUCCUUAUGAGCACCUUUACCCAUUGUUUGCUUCUGAAAAAUUGGUCUUCCAUCUCUCUGAAGCUGAUGCACAUUUUACAGAUCAGCUGCUUCUUUCCUCCAUAUUAUUCAGCUGAAGAGUAAAUGAAUAGGUUUUACACUGCCACAGGACGAAAUAAGACCUGGGACCCUUUAUUUGGUAUAUUGCUUAUUGUUACUGCAAACGUCCAACAAAAUGUAUCCGAUAUCAAGGUCCUGGGCAUGAAGACAUAGACAAGAAUGAAUUUCGUUAGCUCCUGAACUGAUAUUUUAGACCAGGCCUGUCAAAAUGUUAGACACAGGCUUCAAGCAGUAUGUAUGCCAUCUGUUUAAAAAAAAAAAAACUGGUCGGCUACAGUACAUGGCUGCCAGAUGGAACACCUGUGUGAGAAGCCUGCUUUUAGACAACAACAAAAUAGAAAUAUUUAGAAUGCCUAAACAGAAGCUAUCUUCAUUGCAUUCUAAUUGGGAGGUUUGUUUGUUUUCAAAAUGGCUGGGAAAAGACACUUGAUAAAACCUUUCUAAAAAUUAUGGUUUGGUUUUAAUUUGUAUUGCUUAUGUUAUUGUAAUCCACCCCAGAACCUUAAGGUGAAGGUUGGUUAAUAAAUCUAAUAAUAAUAGCUUGACAAGGAAAACCUUUUUCUGAAUUCUUCAGGCUACGGUCAGGAUGUUAUGAAGAGAUUUUUCAUUUAGAAUUUUUGGUUGACUGCCUUUUUUAAAAAAAAUGUGGCUGCAUUGUUUGACAUGAUAUUAAAUGCUUUAUUAUUGAGCUUUCUAAACUAUCAUUUCUUAAUGGAAACACAUAAAUUACUGGCCAGCUA